AGUCUUCCACACAACUCUCCGCAGUCUCGGAGAGUAGUGUGAUCUAACCUCAUCAUGGUUAAGUCCUACACUUUGGCUGGACUAGCGGCGAUUGCUUGUCUGCUGCUGGCAAUAGGAGCUGUGAUUUCUACAGUGUAUAUUUUAAACGAUAUUUCUGACUUUUACAGUGAAGCACAGGAAGAGUUGGUAGAAUUCAAGGAUAUCGCAAACAAUAUCUGGGAAGAAAUGGUUUUCGAAUUGACACCAGAGGAAAUGAGAGAAGCCGAAGACAACGAUCGUGAGAAGAGAUCCUAUGAGCCUGAAGGCCCUUAUCAAUCUGAAACCACAACACCUUCAACAACCACUUCAACUGCUGCCACAACUACCGAAGCUGCAGAAGAUGAAUCUGGUUACGAUUUUGUGAAUGAUAAUGGACCACCAUCUUCAAGACCUAGAAAACCAGAACCACCGACCAUGCCCAGAACUAUCCAAGGUUUCCGUGCACCUCCUCCAGCUGCGACAUCCACCUACAGACCACCACAUGGAUCAAACUAUGACAAUUACGGUAGAGAGCCGGCGUCUUCUAGAAGACCGUAUCCACCUCAACAGCCUCCCAGUACAUCAGCUCCGCACAGCAGUCCGAAUAACAGAACAUCAUUGUACAAUCCACAGCCACCUCCAAAAACUGGAUAUCCAACAAAUCCUCGUGUACCGUACAAUCCACCUCAGCCAAACUAUACUCGGCAACCAACGUAUCCUGAAGACAACCGCGCGCCAUAUAAGCCAACAAGAUCACCAAACACUCCACCACCUCGUCAACCUUCUGGCGGAUACGAUUCAGAUGGGCAGACUCCACCGUCAUCGCCUAGAAUUUACAAUACUCGUCGUCCGAACAAUCAUGGUCCAGGGUAUCCAGAGGAUCAAGUACCAACAGCGCCACCAGUUCCAGGACAACAAAGAGUUCCACCGACUCAAACUCGAAAUCCACCAAAUCCAACUAAUACCCGUCAACCAUCGAGACCAGUGCCUCCAACAUCAGAUGGACAUAUUGAGGCAACCACUCCGUAUAAUCCAUCUGCUCAAUAUCCCACAGGAAAAAGGGGUUCACACCCUGGAUUUGGACCUCAGAGACCUCGUCCAGGAACUAGACCAAGAGGCAAUCCAUGUGAUCAAUGUUCUGCUCAGCCGAAUCAUUGCCCAUCAGGACCUCCAGGACCUCGUGGUAGACCAGGGCCUCCAGGAUUCCCAGGACAAGAUGGGCCACGUGGGCUUCGAGGUCUCAAUGGUGGUUAUUCUGGUGUUCAACCAUCUUCUUAUGAUCCAGUAAUUGGCUGUGUACAGUGCCCAAUUGGACCACCUGGAGAACGCGGACCAGACGGUACACCAGGAGUGCCAGGAGAAGAUGGUAUUGAUGGCGAGCAAGGAGUGAACGGACAAGAUGGUCAACCAGGAGCACCAGGGGCACCUGGAUAUCAUGGAAUGAAUGGUUCUCCGGGAACACCUGGAAAGCCUGGACUACCUGGAAGAAACGGCCAAUCAUGCAAGUCAAUUCCAGGACCUCCAGGUCAGCCAGGAGUAAUGGGUGUACCAGGAAGAGACGGAGAUCCUGGAACUGAUGGUGAGCAUGGACAAGACGGAAGCCCAGGAAUUCAAGGCCCGCCAGGAAGAGACGGAACAUCAGGGCCAGAUGGCCAACCAGGAGUGUCUGCUCCGGGAGCACCAGGAACAGACGGCGGUUAUUGUCCAUGUCCAAAGCGAUCUUCGAAGUUUGAUUUUAAUGAUGCAUACAAUGAUGAUGAGAAGAGAGGCCUAGAGGAACAUAGACCAAGAGGAUACGAUUCAGAACGCGCCGAAGAGCCAAGACCAAGACAGACUGUUCGUACUAAUACCUAUGAUGAAAAUUCUGGAGCCGAACAUCAAAGAAGACCAAACUACGAACCUUCAGCAGAAGUUGCUCCACCACGACAGGAUCGUUAUGAAGACGAAGAGAGAGUUAGAGAACCACCACCAAAGAGACCGCCACCACCACACCGACAAACUCCACACGAGUUGUACCCAGAAGAGCAACCAUAUGUCAGAAGACCACCACCACCACAAAACAGAGGAAAUUAUGAAGUUGAAAGAUCAAGAGAAUAUGUGCCAGAAGCUCCAAGACCAAGGCAAGGUUAUGAACAUUCAUCUGGAUAUGGAGGUGAUGACAGGAAAGAGCAGCCAAAAUAUAUGGAAAGUCGACCAGUUGAUGAGCCAAGAUACGAAACUGAUGCUCCAUCAAGAAGUCGCCCGCUGAAGAAGGUUGAGAUCAUCAGACACCCAGAAAGAGGAUACGAUCGUCGUCAGCCAUCUUAUGAGGAUUCGAAGCCAAGACAAGAGGAGCCAAGACGAUAUGAAACGGAAGCUGAGCCACGCUAUGAAGAAGUUCCACGGAAAGAGACACAUCCUCCAGGAUUUGGAAGACCAAAAUCUGAGGAAAAUCCAAGGGAAACAGGAAGAACUUACUCAGAAGAAGCAAUGCCACCUGUGCAACAAACUGAGAAAUAUAAUGGAGAUAAAAGAAAGAAGAAUCAGCCAGAGUAUGAGGAUAUUUCAAAACCAGAAGAGGAUAAAGAAAGAGCAAUGGAAAAACACCACAAGAAGCCUAAUAAGUUCCAAGAAAAACAAUGGGAAGAGCAUAGAAAGAGCCAGGAACUCAGGAAUUCGAGAGAGCAUGGAGGACAAGUUCCAGUUGAAACUUCCGUACCAAUGCAACAAGUAAAACCUGAAUCCUCUGCAGAAGAAAAGCCAGUUCCACCUGUACAUGACAACUUCCAGUCAUCCGAGAAAAGAGCUUUUUCCAACGAAAACCCACUACCAUCAGAACAAAUUCCAUACAGAAGGAGAAAUCGCUUUUACAGGAACCACUAUUAUGAGAAGUUUCUAGUUUAAUAACUAAAAAAAACUUCUAGUCUAACUUAUUGUUGAUUUUUUAUUUAUUUUCACCCCUUCCCCCACUUGCCAUAAUAAUGAAAGAAUGUUAAUAAAUCGUACCUUUCAU